CAGUCGGCCCAAGAUGGCCACGCUGGAUCAAUGAAACGCGAGUAAUCAUAGUAAAAACAGAAAUUGACAAGUGUGCAAGUGAACACCAGACUUUGAUUACAGUGUAAAUGGACCAUGGGGAAGGAUCAGGAGCUGCUGGAGGCAGCAAGAAGCGGAAAUGUCACCGUGGUCGAGAAGAUUUUGGGUCAACGAGCGAAGAGGAGUGGUCCACUAGCAAGCAAUCAUUUAAUUCCUUCCAAUUUUGGGCCAAGUAUAAGUAAAUUGAACGUGAUACCUCACCUAAGAUAUAUCAUCCUACGGCGGGGUCCGGGGGCUAACGUGCAAGAUGCUAGUGGAUAUUCUGCCCUUCACCAUGCAGCUUUAAACGGACACAAGGAGGUGGUAAAGUUAUUGCUCCAAUAUGAGGCUUCCACUAACGUCGUCGACGCUAAAGGCUCUUCGCCGCUUCAUUUGGCAGCUUGGGCGGGCGACGCUGAAAUCGUGCGGUUAAUUCUUACCCAAGGACCCUCGGUACCUAAAGUGAAUCUUACGACGAAGGACAACGAGACAGCGCUGCACUGCGCGGCACAGUAUGGGCACACGGAAGUGGUGGCGCAGCUGUUGCAAUACGGAUGCGACCCCAGUAUCCGCAACAGCCGGGGAGAAUCCGCGCUGGAUCUCGCCGCACAAUAUGGCAGAUUGGAAACCGUGCAAUUGCUCGUUAGUACGUAUCCAGAGCUGAUCGUGCCUCUCCGGAAUUCUUCCUCGUCGGUGAUUUUCCCUCACACCCCGCUACAUCUGGCCUCGCGGAAUGGUCAUAGAGCGGUGGUGGAGGUGCUGCUCGCGGCGGGCGUGGACGUAAACACGAGAACGUCCGCGGGGACCGCGAUGCACGAGGCGGCGCUGUGCGGCAAGAUGGAAGUGGUGCGGGCGCUGCUGGACCGUGGGGUCGACCUGGGCAUCCGGGACUCGCGGCAGAACACGGUGCUCGAUCUUCUGGGACAGUUCCCGCCGCACGUCACUCAGGACAUCACCGCGGUGAUAAAAAGGCACAGGUCUUCCUCUGGCGUGGAAAGCGACGCGGACAGCGAGAAUCUGCCACCCAUACCGGUGCAGGGGAACGAUUCAUUGGGCAGCCCUUACGAAAACGUUCGCCCUGGGGAUGAUCUCUCACCGGCGGAAGGGACGUCGCCCACUCAGUGGCAGUUCUAUCAUAAGCCUCGAGACGACGAUCGCCGCGUUUCCGGCACUUCCGUUAUGUCUUUGGGUUCCGACAGCGGAUUGUACCAAACGCCACCGGUACCUCGUGGAACAAUGGAGGGUAGCUUCGUGUCGGAGGAUCUGUCCUUGACAUUACCCACGGGAUACGGGGGUGGCAGGGAGUCGGACCAAUUGAGCGUUUCCUCGUCCUCGAGCGUCGGUGGACCGAGCCCACGGGACCGGCGUUGUUUGCCCAACGAUUCCAGCGCCGCCGGGAUUUACUUGCCAAUGGCACCCUUGUCCAGUUCUCUCCACAGCCCCGCCUCCAACAGUAAAGUCUCGCCGACACCGCCGAAAAAACCACCCAGACGUAACCUAUCCGUCUCACCGACGCACCUGCAGACCCAGAUGUCGCUGUCGGCUGAUUGCUCUUUGGGUCCCAGCAAUUACGAGUAUUUGUUUAUGGCGCGCAGUGGUGCUCGCAGUCACAUCGACUUGGAACAGCUACAGAAACGCCGCGAACAAUUGCGUCACGUGACCAGAAGUGUGGACCAAUACGUGGAAAUGAAGUCUCGCGUGCCAGACGGCGAAGAAAGACGGGAGACGAACGUGGAACCGGUCGCAAUCACCUCCAUCUAUGAGAACAGACCGAUCAAGACAUUGAAUCCCAGGCGAAAAUUGCGUAGACACGCGUUCGAAAAUUACGAGUCGGAGAGCAGUCCCUGUGUAGACAAGUCGCCGUGCAGCGAGACUGACUUGUUCGUCCAGGAACAGAUGUUCGUGUCGAACGCGUUCCUCACGCUCAAGUCGUCCCAGGAGAGUCUUCUGGACGACAAGCGCGACGCCAUCGACGAGCACUCGACGCCGGAAGGCCGUGAGGCAACCGACAAACGCCUGAAACGAGUACAAAUGAUGCUGCCCACCAGCCCCACGCACUAUGCUCAGCCGCCGACGCCUGAUCACCCGCCACCUUCUGCCAUGCAGGCUGAGAAGUCGAUUCACGAGAGGAUUCGUCCCUUGAGCCAGGUAUACAAACGGCGAUCCCGCGACAUGGAAACGGAAACCGACGAGGAUUUAUUGCAGUUUCCGGCCGGCGGUUCCCUGGACGCUAGCAGCGGAUCGUUAUCGAGCGUGUCUCUGUCCGACAAGAGCAUGUCGACGGACAACGUCGAGGAAUACUUCGGGGAUGUGCCGUUCGCAGGUUUGCUGAAAGGGUCCGUGACGGCUGAGCGGCCGCGCACGCUGCGCCGUCUGCGGAACGUUUACGGGCCAUCCGCAUGCGGAAUGGGAACCGGCGGUGAUGGUGGAGGCGGAGAACGUCUGGAGGACGGAGAGGUCUCGUUCCGGCUGUCGGACCGCGAUCGCGAGCGGGACGAGAAGUCCCUUAGCAUAAUGAGCCCGUUCGACGAGCAAGAGGAAUGGGCGAAGAUCUCGGAGAUCAUGGCGUCCUUCGGCACGGGCCUCGUCAGGGAGUCUGUGUUCGUCACCGAACUGGAGAAGGAGUUUCAAACGAGACUAGGCCUGAGUUCAGACACCAGCAGCAGCCCCAUUGUCUCCACUUCCGUUGGUCAGUGGCUGUCAACGUUGGGACUGGCCGAUUAUGAGACUCUCUUCAUCAAUUAUGGCUUUGACGACCUGGAUUUCAUAAACGGAGUCUUGGACGAGACGGACCUGAAGGACAUGGAGAUCAGCAGCGAUCAGGAACGAGCAGUGAUAAUGGACGCGGUCGGUCUGUUGAACAAACGCGUUGAGAAACGGACUGGCGGUAACUGUCAGUCGGUGGACGAGUGGCUAAAGAGUAUUCACUUGGAGAAUUACGCGGAGACCUUCAAGAAGCACUUGUACACGGACAUGGAACGCGUGAGAUGCGUGUGGGAGGUCGAAUUAGCGACUGUACUAGAGAUACAGAAGCCUGCGCACCGUAAGAGGAUCCUCGCGUCCGUCAGCGGAUCGAGCGCGCGUGCGCAGAAUCGCAACUGCGCCGGGCCCAACUUGGAGGACCUCAAUAAGGAUCUGAACACCUUGAAGACGAACAUACAGCAGCUGAAGGAGGAGAUACGGGAGAAGCUGCCGGAAACAACGACGGAGGGUAAUGGCGGCACGUCGAUAACCGCAACGAAUUCGACCGGCACGAGCACAUUAAGGCACCGCAAAAACAGGCCGGCCCCGCAGCCACCCCAGCGACCCAGUUCGCAUAAUGGGGCGAUCUCUGCACCGGAACAACUCGAGAUCAGGGCACCGUCGGAGCUGCUCCUCGGCGUCCCGUCCACCCUGAAGACGCAGUGGAGGCACCAGCCGAAAGCUCUAGUCACCGGCUGCGUCACGUACGUCGCCAACUACCUGGGUUCCACUGUGGUGAAGGAGUUGCGUGGUACCGAGUCCACGAAAAAGUCGAUACAGAAGCUGAAGAAAACGUGUCGCGAGCCCAGGGUCACGCCUGACAUCACUUUGGCCAUUUCUUAUCGUGGCGUUCGGUUUCUGAACACUGUCACCAAUGAGCCGAUUUGCGAGCACGAAAUUCGCAACAUUCACUGCGCCUGUCAGGAUGCCGACGAUCUCACGCAUUUCGCGUACAUCACCAAGGACCACGCCAGUCGUACGCACUUCUGCCACGUUUUCUGCGUGCCUACAAUGGACCAAGCAACGGAGGUGAUCCUAACCCUAGGCCAGGCUUUCGAGGUAGCCUACCAGAUGGCGCUGCGUGACAAGCUCGGUGGGCACACGGUGCGCUCCCAGUCGGCCAAUCAGCUAACUACGUUCUCUAAAUCCUCGGCGCCCGUUAAGAUGCCGAUGUCCCCGGAUUCUCUGCUCGAAACCGGCCGCGAACCGCACGACCAGCUCCCAGCCGCCUUUCCCAUCGUGAACUCGAUGAACCCGAAGCCGAAACCCCGCUUUAAAUCGUCCAUUCCUAACCCCAUCGCGCAGUCCGCGGUGACCAAUCCCAUGCACGAUGCCAACAGCAACUCGAGCUCCCUCUCUAGCGGCACCGUGAACUGCAGUUCGAGCUCGAACCCCGCUACCAGUCCCAGCACCAACUCCGUGAGCAGCUCGAACUCCAGCAGCACCAACCAGACCGCGAAGCCUCUAGUCACGCAUGGUAGGUCCCAUUCCGUAAACGACAUUAAAGUGAACGGCAACCAGCUCAAGUUGGCGCCGGCGCCCGUCGACGAUAUUGGGAUCGGCGUGAAGGACAUGAAACCCGGCUCGAGGGCACCCAUUGCUUUGUCAGAGGAGCUGUAGGUCUGGGACUCUUCGUCGUCUGCGUGCACGUCGUUUCUCUGAGACGCUGGAUCUCGGUGCAAACGUUCGACGGUCCUCAUCCGAUCGUCGGUGAACUUGCCGGUAGAGGGCAGGGCUGUCGCGCGUCCUUCGCGACGCGUUUUGGUGGUCGACGUUAUGGCCGAUACGAGGGUGUAUGAUGGAUUUGGGCGAUUUCGGCAAUUACAAGUGCUUUGUAAUUCUUCGAACAUCGAUACGACGUUGACGAUGUUGAUGGUUGAAUGUUGCUCUU